AUGGUCAAGAAGCCCACUAUCGGCCUCCUUGGAGGCGGCCAGCUUGGCAGGAUGCUGUGCGAGGCCGCAGGGCCCCUCGGCAUCGACAUUGCCAUCCUGGAUGAGGCCAACUGCCCUGCUAAGAUGGCAAACCAGAACAGCCGCCAUGUCACCGGCUCUUUCAAGGACCCUGCCAAGAUCAGAGAAUUGGCCGCCAUGUGCGAUGUCCUCACUGUCGAGAUCGAGCACGUUAACACAGAGGUGCUUGAAGAGAUUGCAACCCGCGGCGUCAUCACCGCUCCGGGCACUGUGAAGAAGGUCCCCGUUCACCCCUCGUGGCAGACUUUGCGUCUGAUCCAGGACAAGUAUCUACAAAAGGAGCAUUUUUCCAAGGCGGGCCUUCCCAUUGCCCCGCAGAUGGCUGUCGAGUCCGGCCCCGCCAUGCCGGAAGGUCUGACGGCUGCUUACAAGAGCUUCGGCUUCCCAUUCAUGUUGAAGGCGCGUAAAGGCUCCUACGAUGGCCGUGGAAACUUUAAAGUCAACGGGCCUCAAGAUUACGAGGCGGCUAUCCAGGCAAUGGGCAAGCUGUCGUUGUACGCUGAGAAGUGGGUGCCUUUCGAAAUGGAACUGGCCGUUAUGGUCGUCCGGACUGAGGACGAGGACGGUGAGCUGAGAAAGGUCCAUACUUACCCGGCCGUCGAGACAAUCCACGAGGAGAGCAUCUGCACCAAGGUGUUCUACCCUCCCCGGACCGUCCCCGCUGAGGUAUGUGAGAAGGCGCGCCAGGUGGCUGGCGAUGUUGUCAAGACAUUGAAGGGAAGGGGUGUGUUUGCUGUUGAGAUGUUCCUGCUCAAGGAUGGCACUAUCACCGUCAACGAGGUUGCUCCUCGUCCUCACAAUUCCGGUCACUGGACCAUUGAGGCCGUGCCGUACAUGUCUCAGUACAAAGCGCAGCUGUAUUCUAUUCUGGACUUGCUCCCGCGAUCCAUCAAACUGCAGCCUCGUGUUUCUAGCGCCAUCAUGCUGAACAUCUUGGGUGGUGCUCGUGAAGACUCUCACGAGGAGCUGGUUGACCUCACCACAUCCCUGUACGAUGACAACAUGGACAUCUUCCUUCACCUCUACGGCAAGUCUUCUAAGCCAGCUCGCAAGAUUGGCCAUAUCACGGUCACAUCCUACUCUCCUAGUGCGAACCUAGAGAAGUUGGCUGCGCCCCUGAUCAACGAAGUGAACUACAUGCGUGAAGCCCGCAUCGAUGCCUCCUCUGAGCAGCUCCGUCUCCAGGAGUCUCCCGCCAAGAAGACUAGCUCGCGUAACCCGGACAGGCCUCUUGUAGUUGUCACCAUGGGAUCUGACUCGGACCUCAACGUCCUCAAGGGUGCGUUUGAGAUCCUUGAAAAGUUUGAGGUUCCCUACGAUCUGGACAUCACUUCGGCGCACCGCACCCCCCACCGCAUGGUGGAGUUGGGUAAGACUGCCGCUCAACGCGGUAUCAAAGUUCUGAUUGCUGCAGCUGGUGGCGCUGCCCAUCUCCCUGGCAUGCUGGCAUCUGAGACUACUGUGCCGGUUAUUGGCGUUCCUGUCAAGGCUACUCAUCUGGACGGCCACGACAGCUUAUUGAGUAUCGUGCAGAUGCCUCGUGGCUGCCCAGUGGCUACUGUUGGCAUCAACAAUUCCACCAACGCCGCUUUGCUAGCAGUCAAGAUCCUCGGCUCCUUCAACGUCGAGUACCAGCAAAAGAUGGCACAAUACAUGAGCAACAUGUCCUCCGAGGUGGAGCAGAAGGCAGCCAAGCUUCAGAGCAUGGGCUGGAAGGCAUACCUUGAGGAGAAGAAAUAA